AUGGCACAGGCAUUCAAAGCUGUUCGCAAUUUGGCUCCUAGCACAAAAAUGUCACGUAUUAAGCCUCACAAAUAUGGCGAUUCAAGCUUGAAAGGAAUUCUCUUACGAAAUCAUAAUAAAGCAUGUUUGCAUUUUUACCGAAAACUAUUCUUUGAUUAUCUUUUGUGUGAUUAUUUGGGUAUUGAACGUUUCCUUACAAAUUAUUCUCAAAGGUUUCGUCAACUUCUCUUAUCAGAAUCUGAAUAA